UUUGCAUCACCAAGCACAGACUCAGAUGCCCUCUUUCAGUGACUAAUACCACAGUUACAGUGCCCUUGAUCAUAUGCAUGGCAGUGCUCACAGUUCUCCUCUCCAUCAGUAAUAUGAUGGGUAUAAUCAGUCUUGUGAUAGACUCUAGUUUAUCAGCAGUAGGGUGGAACUUGGCUUCAAUCUUGAUGCCCAUAUCCAUCUUUCUACUCUUUGGCACACAAAAGGACUUGUUAUAUGUCUAGUGUUGCUGUCACUGUUUCUGGAAUAAAAACAAUAGAGAUGUGAC